GGGUCGCCGGGGCCUGGGCUCGGCGUCGGGGCUGGCCUUGGCGACCCGGGAGCCCCCGCCCGAGCCGAGGACGGGGACAAAGGUGGGGCCUCCGGGCCCCGGCGACGUCCGAGCCCGCCGCUUCCUGCUCUGCCUCUACCUGGUGGGAUUCCUGGAUUUAUUUGGUGUCAGCAUGGUUGUUCCUUUAUUGAGCCUUCAUGUCAAGUCCCUUGGAGCAAGUCCUACAGUAGCUGGAAUAGUAGGUUCCUCCUAUGGCAUUUUGCAACUCUUUUCUAGCACAUUGGUGGGUUGCUGGAGUGAUGUGGUGGGAAGACGGUCCUCCUUGCUGGUGUGCAUUCUGCUAAGUGCCCUGGGUUAUCUCCUCCUUGGGAUGGCCACCAAUGUCUUCCUGUUUGCCCUGGCUAGGGUCCCUGUGGGUAUUUUUAAACACACCCUCUCCAUCUCCAGGGCUCUGCUUUCUGAUCUGGUUGCAGAGAAAGAACGGCCACUUGUACUGGGACAGUUCAAUACAGCCUCCGGCGUGGGCUUCAUCCUGGGCCCCAUGGUCGGGGGAUAUCUCACGGAGUUAGAUGGUGGAUUCUAUCUUACAGCCCUCAUUUGUUUUUCUGUCUUCCUUCUCAAUGCUGGUCUCGUUUGGCUGUUUCCUUGGAGUGAAGCAAAACUCAGUGGUACAAAGAAUGGCCUGAGAUUGGGCAGGAAGCCUGUGCUGCCCGGAGAGACAGACUAUGAAGUGCCGGAAGCAGCCCCCACUCCUUUGGCCUCAGAGGGUAAAGAGACUGCUCGGUGGCCCUGGGAAGAAGUCACAUGGGCCUUGCGGGACAUGAGGAGCCUGAUAUUCUCCGAAAUGUGGGACAUAUUCCUGGUGCGCUUGUUGAUGGCGGUGGCAGUCAUGCUGUACUAUAGCAACUUUGUCUUGGCCCUGGAGGAGCGCUUUGGGGUGCGGCCCAAGACCACGGGCUACCUCAUCAGUUACAGCAGCGCCCUGGGGACGCUGGCCGGCUUUGCCCUGGGGCCCAUCCUGCGGCUGUACAAGCACAACUCCCACGCGGUGCUGCUGCACUCCAGCACGCUCACCUGCACCCUGCUGCUGCUCUACUCCACCGCCCACACCAUGGGCGUGGUCGUCCUCUCCUCCACACUCCUGUCCUUCUCCACCAGCAUCGGCAGGACAUGCAUCACAGACCUCCAGCUGACCAUGGGCGGGGCCCAGGCCAGCGGCACCCUCAUUGGCAUGGGGCAGUCGGUGACAGCCGUGGGCCGCAUCAUCGCCCCUCUCCUCUCGGGGGUGGCCCAGGAGGUCAGCCCUUGUGGUCCCCCCAUUCUGGGGGCAGCUUUAGCCUUGGUGGCUAUUUUCAUAAUGUCACUAAACAAAUCUCGUGCUGGAGGUGGUAGAAGUGGUAAAUUAAAACGUGAAUAGGGUGGAUUUGGACAACACGAAGAAGCAAAGUGGGGUCUAUGAAUCAGGGACAAAGGCCAUAAAAUAAGGGCUCUUCAGAGAGGGUGGCUGGUGUGAGUGAACCUUAUUUCCUGGUGGGUGGCUCUGGUGUUAGGCUCCCAGAUGGGCCCCGGGCUGUGCAGCUGUGCCUGAGUCAAACAGAAGUCACAAUGGAAGGCAGGAGAGUUAAGAUUGGAGGGAUCCUUUGCCAGGGGGCCAUAUGCAGUGUUUACCUCUUCUCAUCUGAGUCCACGAGAUUAAAUUUCUCCUGAGCUAAAAACUACCAGCUCAAGAGAAGGAAAUGAUGGUAGAAGAACAGAACAUGGUGAGUGAUAAAAUCGAGGAAACCACAAUCUUCUCACUGAGCAGUGCAGCGACAGCCUACAAUCACAUGCAGACCACCUGGAACGCGGGCUUCCUGGUAAAUUCCAUAAGCUAAGGGGGAGCUUUGCUGCUGUCAAAAUCCUAGAGGUUGAAGAAGCUGCUUUAUUAAAACCAGCCUUUCACUUCCUCAGAGUUGAUUAAAACCCAGAUGCUAACCUUACCCCUGGACAGACUCUGUGGCUCUAUGAGACUGAGAAAUCUGCAGUCUUAAAUGCCAUUGGUGAUGUCUCAUGCAGUUAGAUGAAGGAUCACACUGAGACAUACUGUCUUUCAUUAAAGUAAAAGCCUGAGACCCGGAUGUUUUUAUCAAUGGCUAAUUAAGUUUCGACUGUUAAAACUGUAAUCAUCAUGUGUUACACUCUUCCCACCUGACAGCAAAUGUACUCUCUGAUAGGAGGAACAGGUUCUGCAACCUGCUCCCUGUCUUCAUUGGGACUAAAUCCCCCUGGACUUCAGCCAUGACAAUCUGCUCCUAGAAGCCUGUGUCCCAGUCACAUUAUGUCAUUCUGGUGCUGCUAGGCGGUGAAAUCAAAGUACAUGAAUGCAUUUAAGAUGAAUGUCUCAUGCAGAGUAAGGGCCAGGUGUCAUGCCAUAUUGGAGGAACUUGAUUCCAUGGGGUUUGUAUUAAAAAUCAUUUCCUGUAUUUCAGUUCAAUUCUAUUCCCAGGAAGAGCCUGUUGACCUACAGGGAAGUGUUCUGGUGUGUCUUUUCCUGGACCCUCUCUAAACUGCUAUUAGUUAGCAUCAUUCAAGGGGUCAGGAAAGGGGCCCUGAUUGAGAACUGACAACAAGUGUUUGCAGGAAAGGCAUGCAGUGGGCAGGCUACCCAGUGCAGUUACAUUGGUUCCUAAUAAAAAUCACUUGGGAGGGCCCCACUUUUCUUCAUACUGCCAAAGUUCACAUUCCUUUUAAUCCUUUUAAAUAGUCCGCUAGGAUAUUAUUCCUAUUUUUAACCUAACACACAUGUAAUUAUAAACAAUAUGUUAAUACACUGAUUUUUCAUAACUUGAAUAUUUAUUGUUUGUAAACUGGAAAAAUAUUUUCCAUAGUUUCAGAAAUUUUGAAUGGCGUGACCCUAAAUAUUUAUAACAAUUGAAAAUAUGUUUUAGUUUGAAGAUUGUCCUUUCUCUUACCUGGCUUCAAGAAAAAUAACUUUUCAUUAGGUUUUAAAAUGGUAACACAAGAGCUAAGUGCUUUUGAGACCAAAAUAUAUAUAUGAAAUGUCCUUGCCCUUAAGGAGCAUACUAAAUGUCGUGGAGAUUAGACUAAUGGGACAAUAAAUAAUAAGGGUUUAUGUAAUGAAGUGUAAUUCACAAGGAUUUCUCCAAAAGAUUAGCUUUUCUUCAUUCUCAGAAAUGUGAGUUUCUUAAAAGCUCUUAAAUACAGCCAUUUAUUUUUUAAUUUUUUAAAUUAUAGCACUUUAUUUUGAAGUUGAACAAAACCUAAAACUUAAUGAGGCUUUAUAACUAAUCAGAUACAUGAAAAUAUUGAAAACCAAAGAUUGAUCUUACUCUACAGAAUAGAGAAAUGUUGUUAUUCUCCGCUGGUGAUUUGAGUUUUUGUCAAGCUCAUUUUUUUUCCCCCUAGAAAAUAUUUCCUCCCAGUUCCUCUUACACAGUCUAGCACCUUGUUGUUCAAAGUGUAGUCAGGAAAUUGGCUGCCUCAUCAUCUCUGGGAGUUUAUUAGACAUGAAGAUGCUUAGGUCCCAGCACAGACCUCCUGGGGACCAUUUUGACAAGAUACCUAGCUGAUUUGUUUGCACAGUAAAAUUUGAAAACCACUGGUGUAAUGAACACUUUUUAUAUUGUUUACGGAAUAUGAAUCUCAGGGAAAUUAAAUCUGUUCAACUAACA